AUGCCUCAGAUCACUAGAAAGAACCAGGAAACGAUCAGGAUCAAGAUGCUGAUAGACAAUCAGGCACUAACAACAGAGACACAGAGACAGGAGGACUCCUGUCAGCUUGAGGAAGAAAGUGGUUUCCAGACACCGAAUGGAAUGAAGAUCCCAAAGAUGACCCUUAUGGGAUUAAUUGGUGGAACAACACCACUGAAAAAGGAGAAAGCAGUCCAGACAGACCCUAAUCCAGCAGCUCAGGAAGCCCAAAGGCCAUCAGUACCUCAGAUCAGCAAUCAAACCCUUCAUAAGUUCUUGCACAAGAAGCUCACCACUCUCUUCCUCAAUGCAGACUUCUAUAAGGAAUUCCAAAAUUACACCAAAGCUGAUACUGGCCUGAGGGAGGAUGAAGAAAUUGAAGAAGAGGAAAUCAUUCUCUUUGCAAGUAAUCGCUGGGUGAAGCUUGUGAAUGAAGAGGAACUGAAGAGGGAGGCCAGGAUGGGAUGA